AUGUUCAUCACCUACAAUGAUUUGGAUGAUUUGCGCGAUUCGCGCAAGCGGUCGCAGAUCAACGCAUUCGUCAACCGAAACCGCCGAGCGAACAAAGUCAAGGCCGCGCAACAACAAGCUCGAGCGGUUCAAUGGAGAUCACGACAGCCGCUGAAGGUUGAGUCGGAGGUGUCAACGCCUGGAACGGAUCUCGUCGACAUUCGACAACCUCGGAUCUCAAAGGAGAUCAUCCUCGCCCUGCUGAAAAGACGACAAUUGCCGAGACUUCAGCUCCAACAUGGGCCUGGUGGUUUUCGCACCGAUCCAUUUGCAUCGCUUCCUAUUCCGCAGACGGAGCAGGUCGAAUGGGCCACCGACUUCUUCACUCAGAACUUUUCAGCGAUGAAUGCGUCGCUCUAUACAGACGACGCCGGCAACUGGCUUUUGAAUACUCUGUUUCCCAUGGCCUUACAGUCAGACAUGCUUUUCCAAGCACUGAUCCUCUCCAUGGCCAGAUAUUCUCACCCUGCCAGUAAAGGCGCGCUCGUACCUGGCGGCGCUCACUUUGCCCAUCUGCGGUCGAGCGUCUUGAGCAAGCUACACCAGGCGCUUUCGAUGGACAAGACGAUUUCCACCUCAGAUACCACCAUUCAUACAGUCCUCUGUCUGAUAGCUGCCGAUUUCUUUGCCGGCCAUGACGACCAUGCGGCGAUUCACAUGAAAGGCCUGCAGACCCUCGUGUCCCUUCGAGGCGGGCUUGAAAAUGGCAACUUUGACCGCUAUACAAAAUACAACCUCGCAGGUACUCAUGCAUUAUGCCAAUUCGCAGAGCAACGCUUGAGGGAAACCGGUUCACCUCCAGUCAAGGCUGAACCCGAGCUCACCUACCCAUCGCAUCCAUUUUCACCAGAACUCUGUACAGAGAUCGCAGUCCUUCCUCUUGGCCUCAGCGACAUCGCGCUGAAAGGGAGAAUAUCGGUGCAGAUCAUUGAGCUGUUAUGUCGAAUAUCCCAAAUGGCUCAAGAAACGCCUCUGACUAGACGUGCCACCACGGAGCAAAUCUAUAACAUAGCAAUCGACCUGAUGACAUAUCUUACGCGAGACAGUAUUUCGCCACUGGAACGGAGCAUCUGCCUCUUUACCUUUGUUUUCACGUUACGAGAGACUCCGAGUCGCAACGAAAGCCAGAAGUUCUUCGGUCAAUUCUUGAUCAAUCUACGACGCCGGUUUCGGCAGACAUCAAAGUCAUUCAUGUCCCUGGAAGGUGUGGGUGUAGACCUCGCCAUCUGGGGAGUGACCAUGCUUGCAAUGGAGAACAGCGUGGAGAGGAUUGGCCUUGACGAGAACGAACGAAGCGAACUGUUCGAGCAACUAUUGCGGCAAUACCGUUUAGCAGCAAACUGGAACAAAACCUGCCAGAGUCUGAAAAGGUUCUUCUUCCCCGACACUUGGAUUGAAGAAUACCGCGUUUGGUGGAACAAGGAGACGGAGAAGUUCAGAAAGAGACAUCGGAGGUCUCGCUGA